CUUAGUUCAGACAUAUCAUUUUCAAUAUUUAUAAUGUUUCUGGAUAUAUCACAAUGUGUAUAUGAGAAUUACAACUAACUGCCCCCAAACACAUCUAAACCAUUUUAUCGACUUAAAUAAAUUUUCAACAUGGCAGCAUCAACAAGCUUUCAGAAGAAAACACGUGUGAAAAUACCGCAAAUAUCUGGAACGAAACCAUCACUGUUAAACAGUCAAUUAUUGAUAUCUACCGGUGUCCCGUCUUUAGAUAAUGUCAUAGGUGGUGGUUUGGCUGUAGGCACAGUGCUGCUAAUAGAGGAAGAUACCUAUGGUAGCUAUGCCCGACUGCUGGUGAAGUAUUUUGUAGCAGAGAGUGUCAUGACAAGGCAGUCAACUCUCCUGGCAGACCUCGACACAGACCCCAACUCACUCAUACAGGAGUUACCUGCCCCUAUUACAGACGACCCAGCCGAGGCCAUGUCUGAAGGGGCAGAUUCAGGGUCCAUGAAGAUCGCCUGGAGGUACCAGAAUAAACCUCAAGUUCAGUCUAACCAACCCUCCGCCAAGUUCGGACAUUACUAUGACCUGACGAAGUCUAUGUCAGAAGAGACCGUCCUCAGUUCUGAUGUCACGACACUAUCAAAACAUAACUUUACGCACAGCCUUGACCCCUGUCCAUUCAUGACCCCCCACUACUGCAAGCUGCUCCAGCACAUUCACAGCAAGAUAGAGGCCGGCAAGUUCUCCACCAGCCAGCAGUGUGACAACAGGAGGAUACUUAGGAUAGCAAUACACUCCCUGGGUUCUCCACUGUGGGGGGAGAGUGGUGGGGUGGGGUCAGAUGGUGUGAGUGCGGACCCCUCCCUGCCCCGGUUCCUCUAUGCACUCAGGUCGAUGCUGAGGACAGCCUACGCCUGUUGUCUCAUCACCGUGCCUUCUCACCUGUUCCAGGAUCCAGGUUUUGUGGAAAGACUUGUACGUCUGAGUGACACGGCGAUACGCCUCGAGAGUUUUGCUGGAUCCAGUAAGGAGAAAAAUCCUGCUUUUAAGGAAUAUCAUGGACUGUUGCACCUCCGUCAGCUGCCACGUCUCAACUCUCUCAUCUCGCACAUGCCCGACACUCUCGACCUGGCUUUCAAACUCAGGCGGAAAAAAUUCACAAUUGAGAUGUUGCACCUCCCCCCUGAGUUGUCGGAGUCGGCUAGUCGAGACCAGGAGGAUCCUGCACCCAGAUUCAAACCCACAUCUCUAGCGUGUGGAGGACCUUCAUCCAAACUUGACUUCUAAUCAGCCCGUAAAGUCCGAUGCCAGUGUUUACCUUUCUUCAUUGCCAAGGCCAAGAUGUGAAGUUACCUUGAUACUUUUGCACGAGUAAAGGGGACCUCAAAAUGACCGGUUAUAUGACUUUUGGAGGCUGUCAGGUGAAACAGGGCAUAAAUCCCUGCUUUGUGGAGUUAUGUCCAUUAGCUACUUGGUCCAAUUGUCAUGGUUACAGAGGGAGCCUACAACUGUUGUAAGUCCAUGAAAAUGUAUGGCAGCCACAGCACUUAGAUUACUACGCUGGAUGAAGCCAUAAUAAUGAAGGAUUGGAAUUCCAAGUCCCAUUGACCAACAAUCUCAUUAAAAUCAGAUCUUUUACUCAGAUACGACACCUCUCUGAAGAUCUGAGGACACCUCCAUGGAAGGUUGAGUCAGGGGAACCCUCAGGGAUGCUUGACCGCCCAGUCCAAACAAAGCAUGUGUGGGUUAUGGAGUCAGUCUGAUGUCAGCUUUCUAAACCCAUUUGGUUCAGUUCCUUUACCACAUUGAUUCAGUAAUGUCGAUUUUAAUACAAGGAAACCCCCAUAGGACACAGAUAUUCCUUCAAUGGUACUUCCUUUUAGGGAUAGAUGCCAUGGAGCUCGGAAACUACAAGGUGUAUACAAUAUCUCACAGCAGAAAAAUGGCCUUCACCAUGUACAUUCAGGAAAGAUUUUAAUUUGUUUUCGAGAUACAGAAAUCAGAUAUGCUGGUCUGAUUUCUUCACUCACUCAUACAUAGAAUUUAAAAGCCUUGAAGGAAGUGUCCUUACUUCUUUACGCAGAGAGAUAUUGUAUUGGAUUAAAAGAUCAUAUUUUAAUGGGAUUGAUUCACCAACAGUACAAAUGCAAUAAACUUUUGUUAUACCUGUUUUUUUGUCCCGUGAAGGUCUGGGUUAAAAUUGGUCUUCAGCAACCCAUGCUUGUCGCAUCGCAUUGUCAGGCUCACUAACUUCAUUGAUGCAUGUCAAUGUAUCCCAAUUGUGAAGAUCGAUGCUCAUGAUGUCAAUCACUGGAUUGUCUGAUCCAGACACGAUUAUGUACAUACCGCCAGUCCCAUAGCUGAAAUAUUGCUGAGUGCUGCGUUAAACAAACAAAUAUGCCUGUUUUGAAGUGCACGAACAAGUGUCAAGAGCCAAAUACAAGCUGAGACAAAAGAAACACAAACUAUGUAGAUGAGGUUUUUGUCUCGCAUAGGGGUGGUGGGGUAGCCUUGUGGUUAAAGCGUUGGCUCAUCACGAGGGGUACAAUGUGUGAAGCCCAUUUUCCAGUGUCCCCCGCUGUGAUAUUGGUGGACUAUUGCAAAAAGUGGUGUAAAACCAUACUCACUCACUCUUCUCUCGCACACCCACCACAUUGUUGCACAUCCCAAACCUUCGUGGAACCUUGAGGUAGAGGACCCAUCCUCACUCAUCCAGGGUCAAUUUAUGCAUCAGUUAUUCACUGCAUGUUUCAUAGAAAUUUGCCAUGUAAAUUUGUCUUGAGUUUGGUUUCGUGCCACUUAGGACAGUAUUCCAGUAACUCACUGUGUCUCAGCUUUAUGUGAGAGGAAUGCCCAAAGUGCCUCUUCUUGAAAUGGCCACCAACUAUUGUCGAAGGUUGAGGGAAACCAGGUUGCAGGUCGAUGUGUUGUGAACCCUUGUACCAGCUGGCAUCAAGGCACAGGUAGAGGCUCCAAUGACCAGGCAGGGGGAUAGUGUAGUGGUUAAACAUUCGCUUGGCAUGCCGAAGACCGGGGUUCGAUUCCCCACAGGGGUACAAUGUGUGAAGCCCAUUUUCCAAUGUCUCCCGCUGUGAUAUUGGUGGACUAUUGCAAAAAGUGGUGUAAAACCAUACUCACUCACUCUUCUCUCGCACACCCACUACAUUGUUGCACAUCCUAAACCUUCGUGGAACCUUGAGGUAGAGGACCCAUCCUCACUCAUCCAGGGUCAAUUUAUGCAUCAGUUAUUCACUGCAUGUUUCAUAGAAAUUUGCCAUGUAAAUUUGUCUUGAGUUUGGUUUCGCGCCACUUAGGACAGUAUUCCAGUUAUAUCACUGUGUUUCAUCUUUAUGUGAGAGGAAUGCCCAAAGUGCCUCUUCUUGAAAUGGCCACCAACUAUUGUUGAAGGUUGAGGGAAACCAGGUUGCAGGUUGAUGUGUUGUGAACCCUUGUACCAGCUGGCGUCAAGGCACAGGUAGAGGCUCCAAUGACGAGGCAGUGGGAUAGUGUAGUGGUUAAAGCGUUCGCUUGGCAUGCCGAAGACCCGGGUUCGAUUCCCCACAGGGGUACAAUGUGUGAAGCCCAUUUCUGGUGUCCCCAGCUGUGAUAUUGCUGGAAUAUUGCUAA